UCUGCUUCCCCGCUCCCGCAUUUUGUCGAGCACCUGCAAGGCCGCGAUGCCGCUUCUCCACCCCGCCCCAUGCGCUCGCCCCCGCUUUUCCGGGGCGGUGGUCGCCGCCAGCGGCGCCGGAGGAGCGCGUCCUCCGAAGGCGCCCCCGCGUCCCCCGCGCGAUAAGCCCCGGUUCUCGCGGCAGUCCGCCAUCAAGAAGAGCUUCCAGCAGGAGCAGGUGGUCUUCUCCACCCCAGUGCCCGCCGACCCCACCGUCGCCGUCAUAGGCGGCGGAGCCUCCGGCCUCGCCUGCGCGUCCGCCCUCGCCGCCCGCGGCGUCCGCUCCGUCGUCUUCGACACGGGUAUGCACGGCUUAGGUGGCAGGAUGGCGACCAGGAUGGUCGACGACGGGCGGCGGCUGGUGUUCGACCACGCGGCGCAGUUCUUCACCGCGAGCGACCGGAGGUUCCAGAAGCUGGUCGAUGAGUGGGUCGAGAAAGGGUUGGCUCGCGAGUGGAGGGGGGCGAUCGGUGAGCUCGAGGCUGGUGGUCAUUUCACAGCUAUACCUUCCUCGACGCCGAGGUACAUCGGCGUUAGAGGAAUGCGCCCGCUUGCCGAUGCAAUGCUGCCCGAGGUAUACCAGGAUGACCUGAUUAAAGUUGUAAGGCCUUCCUGGAUAAGCAAGCUUGAGCCGUUCAACGGCCUGUGGCGCUUGUUUGAGAGUGAGAAGCCCCAAGGUCAAUAUGAUGCCGUUGUAAUAGCACACAAUGGGAAAUGUGCGAACCGCCUGCUUUCUACGUCAGGUCUACCCCAACUGACAAGGCAAAUGAAGAGACUAGAGUUGAGUUCUGUCUGGGCACUACUUGCGGCAUUUGAUGAUCCUCUUCCAAUCCCACAAGAUAACUCUUAUGGCACAUUUGAAGGAGCAUUUGUGAAAGAUAUUGAUUCUCUCUCUUGGAUGGCCAACAAUACUCAGAAAAUUUUCCCUUUGGAGACAAACAGACCCGAGUGCUGGACAUUUUUCAGCACUGCUUCUUAUGGAAAGAAAAACAAAGUUCCACAGGAAAAUAUCCCGAAUGCAACUGCAGAAAAAGUGAAACGAGAAAUGCUCGGGGGAGUUGAACUUGCUUUGGGGUUGUCGAAAGGAUCUCUUCAGCGACCAUUUUACACAAGAGUACAGCUGUGGGGCGCAGCUUUACCGAUGAACACUCCAGGAGUACCGUGCAUAUUUGAUCCCCAGGGCCGAGCAGGCAUUUGUGGUGACUGGCUCACAGGUUCAAGUAUAGAAGCGGCUGUAUUGAGCGGAAUGUCUCUUGGAGAUCAUGUCGCUGACUACUUUGCGAGCGGUGGGGAACGUCCUGAGGAGUUCGCGAUUGGUCUGGAUGACAGCCUAAACCGAGUAGAAGGUCAUGACAUCGGGCAGUUCCCUGGUUUGGACUCCCAGAAGCCACAGGUAGCUGAACCUCAGCUGGCACCGAGCAUAUGAACGGAAGUUGCCUCGACGAUUCUGCACUGACCAUUGCUCUAGCAUUGUAAAUAAUGAGCAGAUUGUUUUCUCGCAAGGGAUUCGUGUGCUGUAGCAUGCAGAAUGUAAAAUAUGUACUAUGUAUGUAGAGAUUUUGUUCGAAA